UGGAAGGAUCAACGCUUUUCCAGCUUGAGUGAGGAGAACCCUAAUUACUUUAGAAUGGAAAGGAUUCCUCAGAGCUCUGCCUGUGCUUUCUUCCCUGUGCAUUCCCAGGCAGACAUAAUCACUGAGUCCUCUGCCCAUUUGUCUCCUGCUCUUAUCAAAAGUCAUCAUGCCCCGGGGUCAGAAGAGUAAGCUCCGUGCCCGUGAGAAACGCCGCCGCCAGGCUCCAGAAAAGCCCCAGGAUCUGGUGAGUGCUCAGGCCACUACAGCAGUGGGAGAAGUUUUCCCCUCCCUUUGCUGUCCUCAUUUCAACAGCUCACCUACUGCUGGGUCAUAUCGUGCUCCCCAGGAGCGUCAGAGAGCCACAGCCACCACCACUACUCCUGUGGCUGUUUCAUACACAACGAAUGAAGCUGCCAACAACCGAGAGGAGGAAAGGCCAAGAUCCUCUCAGGUCCAGCCCACCGCUCUGCCCUUUCAGAGAGACCUGCUAGAUGAGAAGGUGGUUUUGCUAGUGCACUAUCUGCUGCGCAAAUAUCAAAAGAAAGAGCUCAUUACCAAGGCGGGAAUGCUGAGAAAUGUAAUCCAAAUGUACAGGAACCAGUUCCAUGAGAUCCUCAAGAGAGCCUCUGACCACUUGGAGCUGGUUUUUGGUCUUGACUUGAAGGAAGCAGAUCCUAACCGGCAUAUCUAUGUCCUUGUGAACAAACUGGAACCAAGUUACGAUGCAGUACUGAGUGAUCAUGGUGGUGUACCCAAGACAGGCUUGCUGAUGACUAUUCUGGGUGUGAUCUUCACAAAUUGCAACCGUGCCAUGGAGGAACAAGUCUGGCAAACAUUGAAUGUGAUGGGGUUAUACGAGGGGAGUCAGCACUUCAACUUUGGGGAGCCCAGGAAGCUCAUCACCAAGGAUUUUGUGAAAGAAAAGUACCUGGAGUACCGGCAGGUGCCCAACAGCAACCCUCCGCGCUAUGAGUUCCUGUGGGGCCCCAGAGCCCACGCCGAGACCAACAAGAUGAGAGUCCUGGAGUUUCUAGCCAAAGUUCACGAUACCGUCCCCAGUGCUUUCCCAGCCUGGUAUGAAGAGGCUUUGAGAGAUGAAGAAGAGCGAGCCCGAGCCCGAGCCGCAGCCAGGGCUCAUACUGCUGCCAUGGCCAGUGCAUGUGCCAGGGCCAUGACCAAUGCACAUUCCAAGGCCACGAUCAGUGCCCGCUCCAGGGCCAAAACCAGUGUGUGCACCAAGGCCAUGCCAGCAGCUCCUCCCACCACUAAUAAAGUCUGA